AUGGCAACGUUGACUUUCGGAUCUGUGCUUAGUGGACUGGGUUCUACUUUCUCGAUCAGCAGGAGAAGCAGUGUUGGCCGUUUAGAUAUGAGAGUUGGCUGGAAGAACGUGGUCAUUGCAUCUCAGUGCAAGAAGUCAUGGGUCAUGGCCGCCGUGAAAGGUGAAGAUGGCAACUCAAAGCUAGAUCCAAAAUGGCUCGAUGAUGCCUCAGAGAAAGCUUCCGAGUAUGUGAAGGAGAAAGGAAGCGAAGUUGGACAGUUGACUGCACAUGAAGGACAAGAGGUUUUAGAUCACAUACAGAGAGCAAAAGACUACUUUCUUGAGAAAGCUGGUGAAGCCAUGGACAUUGUGACUGAAAAUGCUCACAUGGCUUCAGAUUUUGUGGCGGAAAAAGCCAAUGUGAUGGAGGAGGAAGCUAUUUCAAUUACAGAGAAAGCCAAAGAUUUCGUAGUUGAAAAAACAGGUGAAGUUAAAGAUUUCAUCGUCGAAAAAGCUGGUGAAGCCAAAGUGUUGGCGACUGAUAUGAGCAAAAAAACGGCUAUAUACGUUGGAGAGAAAGCAGCUGAGGCAAAAGAAGUGAUAUUGCCUCCAGAAACUGAAGAAUAG